AUGGUCAAGUGGCAGGUGGCUCUGAUAACCGUAGGUCUCGUGGCAUGCGUCCACGCAGGCUACCCUCGAGGCUAUAGCAUUAUUCACACCGUAAGCAGAGGGGGAAGUGGCGGUGGACAGGGUGGACGUGGGGGUGGAAUUGGAGGCCUUGGAGGAGGCUUAGGUGAAGGUGGGCUAGGGGGAGGACUUGGUGGUUUCGGCGGCGGCUUGGGUCUGGGAGGCAGGCAGGGCGGUGGUGUCCGUGAGGGAGGAUUUGAAGGACUUGGCGGAGGUCGGGGUGAAGGCGAACGAGGGGGUCUGGGCGGAGGUCUGGGAGGGGAACUUGGCGGCGAAGGCCGGCUUGGGGUGACCUGGGAGCUUGGUGGUCGGCGGCGCUUGGGCGGAAGACGUGAUUGGCGCGGUCUGGGAGUCGUCUCGGCGGCUCAGAAGGCAGCUCGCGCUUCGCCUCGAGUGUCUCCCCCGCGUAGCCUGAGUAGUAGGUCUCACGGACGGUCUGAGGCCGGUCUCGGCGGCGGUCAGAAGUGGUCUGGCGGAGCUCUGCGUGAGAGGCUCGCCGCGUCUGGGAGGUCGUCGCGCGGCGUCAGAAGGUGUCUGGGCGGAGUCGAAGUGUCUCGCGCCGUCAGGAAAAGCGUCUCAAGCGCCGCCUGGCAGUGUCUCCUGGCCGCCUGGCAGUGGUCUCGGCGCUGGCCUGAGAGUGUCUCGGCGCCGGUCUGGAGCGUGCGUCCGCGCGCAGUCAGGAAGUCGUCUGCCGGAGUCUGGAGCGGUCUCGCGCGCCGUCUGGGAGUGUCGCGCGGCGCUCAGGAAGGCGGUCUGGGAGGGGGUCUCGGCGGCGGUCAGGAAGGUGGUCUGGGAGGUGGUUCGGACGGCGGACUGGGCGGUGGUUCUUACGGUGGCCAAGAAACAGGAAAGUCGUACGCGUACUUCCAAGGACCUGUGAUUGGCAAAGUCCAGGAAGUUCGUGGCACUGUUACCGACAAGCAUGGCAAGAAGAUCGAAGUCGUCGAUUAUAUUGUGAUCCUCGGGGCCCUGACCCUGGUGGUGAGCGUGUGCGCCCAAGGGGGCGGCGGCCUUGGCGGCUACGGAGGCCACGAAACAGGGAAGUCCUACGCCAUCUUCCACGGUCCCGUCGAAGGCAAAGUGACCGAAGUGCAUGGCUCCGUCAGCGACCACCAUGGCAAGAAGCACGAGUUCAUAGAUUACGUGGCUUACCCUAAAUACAAAUUCGAGUAUGGUGUAGAAGACAAACACACCGGCGACUACAAGCAACAGAAGGAAAUUCGCGACGGGGACAAAGUGGAAGGAGAGUACCAGCUGCAAGAACCGGGCGGUAACCUGCGGACUGUCAAAUACAACUCCGACCAUAAAGCCGGUUUCUUCGCUUCUGUAACCAACCACGGCGGCAAUGAACAUGUGUAUGCCAUUAAGGACAAACAUGGACAUGAGCAUCAGAUUGCCAAGGGAAAAUCAUUCGUUCACUAUCAGGGUCCUGUAGUG